AUGGGCUCCUCCAUCAAGAACAGAGCUGGUCUCGAAGAAGACCAGCUGGGGGUCGAGAGUGCCAGGAAGAGCUUUGCAAAGCAGCAGCAGGAGGUUGCCAGCUCUCGAGCAGUGCCUGAUUUCACAAGUUCCAACAAUAAUAUUAACAACUAUUCUCUUCUAGACAAUGACAUUGAAGGCUUGAACUAUUUCCCCAAAACCACUGAAAACUCAAUGCUGUUUGACCAAAUAAUGGCCUGGGUCUCCUCUCAAUUGGGCCACGACUCUUCCCAUGAUGUUAUUAGAAGUGCCUCUGAUUCUCUACUAUCCAUCCUCAAAGAUGAAAACACGAACAACCAUUCAAAACUCAAAAGCUUGCAAUCUUUACUAUUCGACAUCACCAUCCCCACCGAUAAAUUCAAUCACGUCUUAAAUCUUGCAAACGAAAUCUCCGAUUUUGAAUUCGAUAAAAAAGAGAAAAACAAAAAGAAUGAAAGUGACGACGACGACGACGAUGAUGAUGAUCUGGACCAAAAUAUGGACAGUGACAAUGAUUUUGAAAAACAAUUGAAUCUUAAAAACAAAUCCCUAAAAAAUUCUUUUUUCUCCUCAAAUCGCAAUAAUCUUAUCAACAAUAAAAAUAUCUCUAAAACUUCCAUUCCACUAUACAAAAUCGGCUCAAAUUGGCUACAAACAGAAAUAAGAAAAUUAUACGAUUCAUCCACUUCAUCUUCCUUUACCGACAAUCUAACUACCAAGACACUCACUUUAUUAAACAACUUUGAUAUUUUAGACAAUAGAACCCUAGAAAAUGAACUAGUCGAAUUAUUUAACUUCCAACACUUCAAAUUUAUCGAAUUGCUAAUCCUAAAUCGUUACAAAAUUGUCUUUAUACUAAAACUAUUAAAUAUAAAUGAAUCAAAAAUUCAAAAUUUGCCUCAAGAAAGAAGAAGAAUUUUUCAAAAAAUGGAUUCACUAAAACUAUAUGACCUUAUUGAUGAAUUUAAACACAUUUCAAAAAAUCAAAAAUUCGUUCAAAAUAACAAAAUUACUCAAGACACCCAUAUGGUUGAUUUGAUUAACGAUUUCAUGAGCAAAAAUAAACUAAAAAGAGCACCAAGAUUAGUAGAUCUUGAUUCCUUAAAAUUCGAUCAAGGCUCCCAUUUAAUGACGGUUUCAAAAGUUUCUCUACCUCAAGGCUCUUUUAAAAAAACAAAAAAAUCUUAUGAAGAAAUUCAUAUUCCUCCUCCGGUUUCAAUGUUCAACACCUCUAGAUCUUCUUUAAUCUCAAUAUCUUUCCUACCUGAAUGGUCCCAAAUCGCCUUUCCUGAUUCGGAAACCUCAAGCUUAAAUAUAAUUCAAUCAACUGUAUUUCCAAUUGCUUUCAACACUAACCAGAAUUUACUCUUAUGCGCUCCAACUGGUGGUGGUAAAACAAAUGUUGCAAUGUUAUCAAUAUUGAAAACAAUCGAUAAUUUUAGAAACAAAGCUAAUAACUCAAUAGAUAAAGACGCCUUUAAAAUGGUUUACAUUGCUCCUUUAAAAGCCUUGGUCCAAGAACAAGUCAGAGAAUUUCAAAGAAGAUUAUCUCCUUUGGGAAUCAAUGUCAGCGAAUUGACUGGUGAUUCCUCCUUAACUAAACAACAAAUAACUGAAACCCAACUAAUCAUAACAACUCCUGAAAAAUGGGACGUCAUCACCAGAAAAAAUACAGAUUUAAGUUAUACUAAUUUAGUUCGUUUGAUAAUUUUUGAUGAAAUCCAUCUUUUACACGACGAAAGAGGUCCUGUUUUGGAAAGUAUCAUAGCUAGAACUUUAAGACAAUCUGAAUCCUUAUACGAUUCAACUGAUGAUUUAAAAAUAAGAUUGAUUGGUUUAUCAGCUACUUUACCAAAUUACAAAGAUGUAGCUCAACUUUUAAAUGUCAAAUCCAACGGCUUAUUUUAUUUUGAUUCAAGUUAUAGACCAUGUCCUCUCGCCCAACAGUUUAUUGGAAUAACAGAAAAAAAAGUAUUAAAAAAAGUUCAGGCAAUGAAUGAUGCCUGUUAUGAAAAAAUUUUAGAAAACGUGGGAAGAAAUCAAGUUAUCAUAUUUGUGCAUUCUAGAAAAGAAACUGCAAAGACUGCAAAGUUUAUAAGAGACAAGUUAUUAGAAGAGGAAAAAUUAAGCUCAUUGUUGAAAAGUGAUUCUGGUUCACGAGAAAUAUUAAAGCAAGAGGCUCAAAAUCGUAAAAAUUUGGAUUUAAAAGAUUUGAUUCCUACCGGGUUUGGUAUCCAUCAUGCCGGUUUAAAUAGAGAUGAUAGAUCUAUUGUGGAAGACUUGUUUGCUGAAGGUUAUAUUCAAGUUUUGGUUUCAACAGCGACACUUGCUUGGGGUGUUAAUUUACCUGCACAUACUGUUAUAAUUAAAGGAACAGAAAUUUAUUCUCCUGUCAAAGGUGCUUGGACACAAAUAUCUGCACAGGAUAUUCUUCAGAUGUUAGGUAGAGCUGGUAGACCAAGAUAUGAUAAAAGCGGUGAGGGGAUUAUUAUAACAUCACAAAAUGAAGUUCAAUAUUAUUUGGCGAUUCUUAAUCAGCAAUUACCUAUUGAGUCUCAAUUGAUUUCAAAACUAGCGGAUAAUUUGAAUGCUGAAGUAGUGUCAGGGACAGUCAAAUCUCUUGACGAUGGAAUUAAAUGGCUUGGUUAUACAUAUUUAUAUGUUAGAAUGACUCGCUCACCAAAGCUAUAUAAUGUGGGUCCUGAAUACAAAGAUGAUGAUGAUUUGUAUAAUAAAAGAAUGGAUUUGAUACAUUCAUCUUUUAUCACCUUGGCCAAAAAUAACUUGAUACUAUAUGAUCAAAACACAAAAUUCGUUCAACCAACAGAUUUGGGCAGAAUUGCUUCACAUUACUAUAUUACGAAUGAAACCAUGGCCAUUUAUAACCAACAGUUGAAGUUUUACUUAUCUCCUAUAGAAGUUUUGAGUAUAUUCUCCAUGUCUUCUGAGUUCAAAUACAUUCCGAUUCGACAAGAAGAGAAGCUAGAAAUUAAUCGAUUGUUAGAAAAGGCUCCAAUACCCAUAAGAGAGUCUGCUGAUGUUCCAUUAUCAAAGGUUAAUAUACUUUUACAAGCUUAUAUUUCCAGACUAAGAUUGGAAGGGUUUGCUUUAAUGUCAGAUAUGAUUUUUAUAACGCAAUCGGCAGGAAGAUUAUUAAGAGCAAUAUAUGAAAUUUCAUUGAAAAAAGGUUGGUCAAACUUAACAAAAAUUGUUUUGAAUUUAUGCAAGAUGGUGGAGCAAAGAAUAUGGUCUUCUAAUUCUUUGUUUAGACAAUUUCCAAAUUGUCCAUAUGAAAUUAUUAGAAAAACUGAAAAUUCUCAAUUACCAUGGUCUCAUUAUUUCACGUUAGAAAAUCCCGAAGAAGUCAGUCAAGCUAUUCGUUCAGAAAAGUUUGGAAAAUUGGCGUUUGAUUUACUUCAAAAAUUUCCUAAAGUCGAAAUAGAAUGUAAUAUUUUUCCUAUAACACCUAGUUUGCUUAAAUUUGAACUUGUGCUUACACCUAACUGGAACUGGGAUUACUCUCUCCAUGGAGCUUCACAAUUAUUUUUAUUGUUGGUUGAGGAUUGCGAUGGUGAAAACAUUUUAUAUGAUGAUGUGUUUAUUGUGAGACAGAAAUAUAUAAACCAAGAGCAUUAUUUGGAAUUUACUGUUUCACUACCUGAAAAUGUUCUACCUCCAAAUUAUUUCAUAACGUUAGUUUCAGAUAAGUGGUUAAACAGUGAAAGCAGAAAGGCUGUAUCCUUCAAUAACUUAUAUUUACCCAAGAAAUUUCUGUCACCUACUGAAUUAUUAGAUUUGCGAUUGGUUUCAACAUCUCAAUUGGGAGUUAAGUCUUUUAAAGACUACUUUGAUUUUGAACACUUCAACAAAUUUCAAUCACAAGUAUUUGAAUGUUUGUACAAUUCAAAUGAAAAUAUUUUUAUUGGUUCAUCCAAGGGUUCAGGAAAGACAGUUUGUGCCGAGUUAGCGUUGUUUCAACAUUGGGACAAUGGUGGUGGAAGAGCAGUUUAUAUUCAUCCUUGUGAAGAAAAACUUGAAAUUUUAUAUUCGAAAUGGAAAAAAGAUUUUUCUGAUAUUGCUGGUGGGAAAACCAUUGGCAAAAUUUCAGGAGAAUUGUCAAAUGAUUUGAAAAUUUUAGCUGAAAGUCACUUAAUUUUAGCUACACCUGAAAAAUUUGAUUUAGUUUCUCGUAGGUGGAGACAAAGAAAAAACAUUCGUUCUAUUGAAUUGUUAAUCGCAGAUGAUUGUCAUUUACUAGAUGAGGGAUACGAAGGUGCUGUUUAUGAGAUUAUUCUUUCAAGAAUGCGAUUCAUUUCUGCUCAAUUGGAUGAUUCCAGAUUAAGAAUUGUUGCAUUAGGAUCGUCAAUAGCAAAUGGAAAAGAUUUUGGGGAAUGGUUAGGAGUUGAUAAAGUGAAUAAUUUUAAUUUCAAGCCGACAGAAAGAUUUAAACCCUUGGAGAUUCAUCUCAAGUCAUUUAAUAUUAAACAUAAUCCUUCAUUAAUUUUAUCAAUGAUAAAGCCUACGUAUCAAUCAAUUAAAGAUUAUGUGUCUGAAGAAGGGAAAUGUGUGGUUUUUAUUCCUUCAAGAAAGCAGUGUGUUGAAAUAGGAUUUGAAUUAAUUAAAUUGGCAAAUAAAGAAGAAAGAUCGUUUUUAAAGGAGGAAUUGAGAGAAGGUACAGUUGAAGGAAUUUCUGAUAUUACAUUGAAGGAAUGUUUAAAUAACGGUAUUGGAUUUUUUUACAAGAACAUGAAUGACAAUGACAGACUGAUAGUUGAAAAGUUGUUUAAAGAUAAUGUAAUAAGCGUAUUACUAUCAACAAGAGAGACAUGUUUUUAUAGUCCGAGUGCUGAUUUAGUUGUGAUAUUAAGUACACAAUACUAUGAUGGAAGUGAGCAUCAUUAUGUUGAUUAUUCUAUUCAUGAAAUUUUGGAGAUGAUUGGAUCGGCUAAAUCGAAAGAUGAAGAAGGAGUUGGAAGAUCAGUGAUAUUGACCAAUUCUACGAAAAGAGAGUAUUAUAAACGAUUUUUAAAUUUCGGGAUACCAAUUGAAAGUCAGAUGAAGAAUGUUCUUCAUGAUUCAUUUCUUAAUGAGAUUAGUAUUCAGAUUAUUGAAAAUCAGCAAAAUUGCAUUGAUUGGUUGACAUAUUCAUUUUUUUAUAGAAGAUUGCAAUAUAAUCCAACGUAUUAUGGUGUUGAAGAUACGUCUAAUUUAGGGCUAUCAGAAUAUCUAUCCGAAUUGGUAGAGAACACAUUAAAAGAUUUAUCAGAAGCGAAAUUAAUUUUGAUCGAGGAAAAUAAAGAUAAAGAUAUGGAGGAUGAGGAGGAAGAUGAAGAAGAGCAUAUUGUUCCACUCAAUGGAGCAAUGAUAGCAGCAUAUUAUAAUAUUUCGUUUAAUACUAUGCAAACUUUUAUGUUGUCACUUAAUAAUAAGAUCAAUUUGAAAACACUUUUGGAGAUUAUUACAUUAUCAGUUGAAUUUGAUAACUUGACUAUAAGAAACCAUGAAGAUGAGAUUCUUGAAAGAAUUUACAAUAGAUUACCACUUAAAUCUACGUCGAUGGGGAAACAAAGAAACUCGUUUGAGUCGCCACAUUUCAAGGCAUUUAUAUUAUUGCAGGCGCACUUUUCAAGAAUCAAUUUACCACCAGAUUUAGUGUCGGAUCAAAAGUUUGUUUUGUCUAAAAUUUUGAGUCUAUUGAAUGCAGCAAUCGAUAUAUUGUCGAGCGAUGGGUAUCUUACAGCAUUGAAUGGGAUGUAUUUGAGUCAAAUGAUUGUGCAGGCUGUUUGGGACAAAGACAGUCCGUUGAAACAAAUACCAUUUAUAAACGAUGGUAUUCUUAGCAGGUGUAAAGAAAAUGACAUUGAAAAUGUUUCGGAUUUGGUUUCGCUAGAAGACGAUGACGAAAAACUCAGGAUAUUGAGCUUGGUCAAUAAUAAUGAGCUACAUCAGGCAGUUGAGUUUCUCAACAAGUAUCCAUUCAUUGAAAUAAGUUGCGAGUUGGGUUCAGAGGACCCCAUAAUCGCGAAUGAAUCAACGAUUAUCAACGUUACAAUAACGCGAGAUGAGGAUGUGGAGGAUGCAAGUGUGGUAGCACCCUACUAUCCCUUCAGCAAGAUGGAGAGCUGGUGGAUAGUCAUUGGUGAUUUGAAAACGAAGCAGUUCUACGCCUUUAAAAAGGCGAGCUUGAACAAGGAAGAACAGACAUUUGAGUUGGAUGUGGCGAUUCCGCAGCCUGGACACCACCAGCUCACAGUGUGGUGUUUGUGUGACUCUUACGCUGAUGCUGAUAGCGACGUGGUGUUGGAAGUGGAUGUGGAACAAGGAGAAGAAGAGGAAGAGGAAGAGGAAGAGGAAGAGGAAGAAGCAGAAGAAGCAGAUGCGGAGAUGCUGGAUGUGUCCGCACGCGAGCGGCGCUGA